AUGCCGCCCUUUACGUUUUCCACUAGGAACAAUUCCCUCGACACUCCCGAUCUACCAGUCACUUUGGGGCUACAAGAGAACGAAAAGCACGCCCCAGGGCCAGCCGAUGGUACCCAAGCUCUGAACGACCACGAUGAAUCUCAACUAUACCCCGACAAAAUCAGACUCAUCUUCAUCGGCCUCAGCCUGAGCCUCUGCAUGUUCCUUGUGGGACUCGACAACACCAUCAUCUCCAGCGCCAUCCCCAAGAUCACGGAUGAUUUCCACGCACUCGAAGAUGUCGGCUGGUACGCGAGUGCCUAUAUGCUCACAGUGUGUGCUUUUCAGCUGAUGUGGGGAAAGCUCUUCACAUUUUACACAAUCAAAUGGGUCUACCUGGCCUCCCUGUUCAUCUUCGAGUUGGGCUCUUUAAUCUGUGGUGUUGCACCAACUUCCACUGCCCUCAUCAUCGGGCGCGCUAUUGCUGGAGUCGGCGGUGGCGGUGUCUCUAAUGGAUCAUUUUUGUUGAUCGCCUAUUCUGUACCGCCGCGCCAGCGCCCCACGUUGAUCGGUGCUCUCGGUGCCAUGUACGGGUUCUCUGCUAUCGCUGGUCCGUUGAUUGGUGGUGCCUUCACCAAUAGCUCAAAGCUCACCUGGAGAUGGUGUUUUUACAUCAAUCUUCCUCUUGGAUUUGUUGCCGGCCUGGUCAUUCUCUUCCUCGUCUCUUCUUUCAAAGGAAGCAAGGCGGGUAAGCUCGGCUUCAUCAAUCAACUGAAGCAGAUGGACAUUCCUGGAACCCUGUGUCUGCUACCUGGUAUCAUUUGCUUGCUUCUUGCCCUGCAAUGGGGUGGCACGAAGUAUCCAUGGGACAAUGGUCGAAUUAUUGCUCUACUUGUGUUGGCGUUCGUUGUCCUCGUUGUGUUCAUGCUUGUCCAGGCUCGCUCUGGUGACCUUGCGACUGUCCCAACCAGGAUAUUCUGCAAUCGCAACAUCUGGGGCUCGUCCUUGUUUGGCUCCUGCAUUGUCGCCGCCUUCUUCGUCAUGUUAUACUACAUUCCCAUUUGGUUCCAAGCCAUCAAAGGAGCCACCCCAAUCAAGUCCGGAGUCAUGAGUCUUCCUCUUGUCCUGAGCUACGUUAUAUUCUCCUUUGGCACUGGAGGCCUGACCUCUGUCUUUGGCUACUACGUGCAAUGGGCCUACAUGACGGUGAUCCUCAUGGCAAUUGGAUGCGGUUUGCUCUCCAUCCUAGACGUGGGCUCCGGACACGCCGAAUGGAUUGGUUAUCAGGUCAUCCUCGGGGCAGGAGUUGGCUGUGGUCUGCAGACAGCAUUCUCCGCACCCCAGACUGCCUUGCCCUUGGAAGAUAUACCGAUCGGCACCGCCGUUGUCAUCUUCACGGAAAACCUCGCCAGUGCAGUUUUCGUGUCUGUUGCGCAGAACGUUUUCACAAACCAGCUCAAGACCAAUAUCGCGCAAUACGCUCCGGAUGUUGAUGCCAGUGUGAUUAUUGCAGCUGGCGCAACUGAAUUCAAGAGUCGAAUACCCCAAGAUAUGUACGAUGCUGUGCUUUUUGCCUAUAACAAGGCCCUGGAUCAGACAUUUUAUGUCGGUGUUGCCCUGUCUUGCUUCGGAGUUCUUGGUGUGUUUGGACUAGAAUGGUUGUCUGUCAAAGGGGGCAAGAGGCAGGAUACUUCUGAUGAGGCCGCUACUGCUUAA